UCAAGAACAAUGAACAAGAAAAGGUACUUUUUGGACAUCCCGGUGGUCAAAGAUUACAUGGUUAAAGGAGAAAGGUUCACCAAGUGGUCAGAGGACUCCACCAAAACUGUUCCUGUCACUAUGAAGAUGGACAUGAAAGGAUUUUACCUUUACUGGACAAAUCAAAGCAAGGAGACAACAUUCUUGGAUGUUGCUACAAUCAGAGAUACCAGAACAGGAAGAUAUGCUAAACUUCCCAAACACCCUAAGGUCCGCGAUGUGUUCAACCUGGAUUUUCCGGACAGCAAUUACCUGUCCAAAACGCUGACUGUUGUCUCGGGUCCUGAUUGUGUCAAUCUGACCUAUCAUAACUUCUUUGCCUCCAAAGAUAAAGUGACACAGAAUUGGGCGGAUGACAUUCUUGCAGUGGCCUACAAUGCUGCAAGAAUUAACGCCUGCAGGCAAGUCUUCCUGGACAAAAUAUAUGUACGGAUUUGUCUUCAUACCAACAAGGACGGCAAGAUCCCGGUGAAAAAUAUUUACAAAAUGUUCCCUGCUGAUAAGAAGAGAGUGGAAGGUGCCCUGGUGUCUGCACAUCUCCCCAAAGGAAAGUAUGAGAGCAUGAAGCCUGAUGUCUUCACUGAAUCAGCCUUUAAGAAUUUCUUGGCAUAUCUGUGUCCUCGCCCCGAAAUCUAUGAGAUCUUCACUUGCUACUCCAACAAACCCACCAUGACCAAAGAGCACUUCACCAAGUUCCUCAAUGAGAAGCAGAGGGACUGUCGCCUCAAUGAGGAACUGUUUCCACGACUGCGGCAGGACCAGAUUCGAGCUUUGAUGGUUAAAUACGAACCCUGCAACACCAACUGUAACAGAGGUCUGAUUACUCCAGAAGGUCUUUUGUCCUUCCUCAUGGGUCCAGAGACUUCCGUGGUCUUGCAAGACAAGCUGGCCAAUUGUCAGGACAUGACUCAGCCAUUACCUCAUUACUUCAUCAAGUCCUCGCACAACACGUACCUAACAGCUGGUCAAUUUUCUGGUGUUUCCUCUCCGGAGAUGUACCGCCAGUGUCUGCUGUCCGGGUGCCGGUGUCUGGAACUGGACUGCUGGAAAGGGAAACCGCCAGAGGAGGAGCCUAUCAUUACACACGGCUUCACAAUGACCACUGAGAUCCUGUUUAAGGAUGUGAUUGAGGCCAUUGCUGAAAGUGCCUUCAAAACCUCACAGUAUCCUGUUAUACUUUCCUUUGAGAACCACGUUGACUCAGUGAAACAGCAGGAGAAGAUGGCCAACCACUGCACAACCAUAUUUGGUAAUGCCCUGCUGACAGAGCCUCUGGACAAAUACCCACUGAAGCCAGGUCAGCAGAUCCCGAGUCCAUCUGAGCUAAUGGGCAAGAUCCUGAUCAAGAACAAGAAGGGCAGCCAUGAGAAGACAAACCCGACGUUGAAGAAGGGCAGCGCGGCAGCCAGUGACCAGGUGGCAACCACAGCUUUACCCGCACAAAACAUUGGCACACUCUACCAAGAGCCUGUCAACCAGACAAGCAGCGAUAUGGAGAACCAAGAGGCGGACGUGACAGGGGAGGACAAUGAAGAGCAGGAGGACACAGGGGAACAGGACGAGGAAAAAAUGAAGACAUGUGACGAGGGCACAGCUGGACAGGAAGUGACAGCGUACGAGGCGAUGUCAUCUCUGGUUAACUACAUCCAGCCAAACAAAUUCAUCUGUUUUGACAACGCCAGGAAAAAAAACAAGAGUUACGUCAUCUCAUCUUUUGUGGAGACCAAAGGGGAGGCUAUGAUCGCCAAGACUGCUGUGGAAUUUGUGGAGUAUAAUAAAAGGCAGAUGAGCAGGAUUUACCCCAAAGGAACAAGAAUGGACUCUUCCAAUUUCAACCCACAGCCUUUUUGGACUGUAGGCUGCCAGAUGGUGGCGCUAAACUAUCAGACAAUGGACUUCCCCAUGCAGCUGAACAUGGCUCUGUUCGAAUACAAUGGGAGGACAGGCUACAUCCUCAAGCACGAUGUCCUGCGACGCGGAGACAAGAAAUUUAACCCGUUUUGCGAGAGGAUUGACACAGUUGUGGCGAUCACGCUGACUAUUAAGAUCUAUUCAGGACAGUUUCUGUCGGACAAGAACGUGAGAACAGGAGUUGAGGUGGAGGUCAUCGGGCUGCCAGGAGACCCCAAGAAGAAAUAUCGCACCAAGUGGUCCACAACACCUAACUCCAUUAACCCAGUGUGGAAUGAGGAGCCUUUUGUCUUUGAAAAGAUUCUCCUCCCAGAAAAGGCCAGUCUGAGAAUGGUAGUAAAUGAUGAAAAUUGCAAAUUCAUUGGACACAGAAUCAUUCCACUUGAUGCCAUUCAGUCAGGCUUCCAUCACAUCUGUCUGCGUAGUGAGAGCAACAUGCCGCUCACAAUGCCCACCCUUUUUGUGUACAUUGAGGUCAAGGACUACAUCCCUGCUGCUUUUGCAGAUUUCACAGAUGCUUUAUUCAAUCCAACAAAGGGCGCAGAAAAGACUUCAAGGAUGCCGAAAGAGUCCUCCACAGACUACAUCUCUCCUUAUGAGUUGCCUUUUGUUGCCCAAACUAAAGUGACGAGUGCAAGAGAAUCAACAUUUGAAAUUCCGCUCUCUGAACCAAACACACCCAUUGAAGAGAGUUACCCACCAUCCCAUGAUGAUGCUCCAGCUGAGGUGAAUGCCGAAGACACUGCAGAAGACUGCAUGCCAGACACUCCCCAACCUGAAGAUCUUCCUCCAGUUGUUGCACCUGAACCAGGGAGUGUCACAAAUGAGACACUUCCAGGUGCUCCUGCAGAGGUUGCUGUUGAGGAGGAGCCUGAGGACACCACCAAAGACCGAGAGGAGUCAAGCUCUAACUCAGACGAUAUACCAGUUGAAAAGGAGGUUCAAGGAGAGUCUACUGUGUUAAGUCUGUCAGAAUGUUCCACUGUGACCACAGCAGAACUAACACAGCACAGGAGCUACUUGAAGAUCAUCAAGCGUCAGGAGAAAGAGAUGAAAGAAAUAGAAAAGAAGUACAAGAGAAAAGUGGAAGAUCUGACCCAGAAAUACUCGGAUGCUUUCAAGGCUUGCAAGAAAAAGUCCUCGCUGAAAAAAAAAGAAACUUGCCUGGUUGGAGGAAGCACGACGGACUACGGCACAAAGACGGUGCAGGAACACAAGCAAAACAUACAAUCUGAGCUGCACACUUUGUGGAUGGAACAUUGCGAUCAGCUGAGAAGAAAGAAAGAGCAAAGUGCAACACAGAGACUGGCUAAACUGAUGGAGAUGGCCUCUGAGAGACACAGCAUUGAACUGAAGACUUUGGGAAGUGAAAUCAAAAAGAAGACAAAAUCAGACAAGGCCAAGCUUAAAAAAGCAACAGAUAUGGAGCUGUUGGAUGGAUCUGAUACGUCGGAACGUGUGCCUUGCGAUUACAGCACCCAGCAAGAGACUCUGAUGGCGAAACAGGCGGCGACACUGGAGGAGAUCAAGGCUCUGACGACUCAGCUUAAUCAGGAGGCUCUGAAGGAGCAUGAAGAUAAAAUGAGGUGUCUGUCAGCUGAAGUAAGGAAAGGUGUUAACGCCUGUGUCGGCCUUCACUUUCCUGAACUCAUCGACCAGGCGGCCAACGAUAAAGCAGAGGGUGCCAAUUUCUAUGGAGAUGUCUUUUUGGGCUAGAUUCUUCUUCAAGCUGACCAUUUUCUUUGGUUGAGCUCAAAAGUCAACAUGUUUGUGGUGCCGUAUAUUUUGUCUGUAUUAGGAGUUAAUAUGAUGUGUUUCAGGUUUAGCAUCACACAUAGAGUUGGUCCUCAUGACACACUUGCACUAUUGUACUCUUAAAACAUGCAUGUACACAACAAUAUUUUGUGAAUUGACUUGUGUAACAAACCAAACCUCUUUUUAGUUAACCCUCAUAUUGUAUAUUGGGGACUUUUUUGUCCUUUCAGGUACAUUUGUGCUUUAUUUUUGGCCAUAACGUUUGUUGUGUUUCUCCGAUUGGAACUACUUUUUCCCAAGGUUUUUUUCAUGUUCCAGUUAAUGGUUUCAUUUUGAUUUCUUUCGGGUAUUAACGGUACACUAAGAAAUAAUUUAAGCCAAGGUAAAUCCCGCCAGGAUGAAAAAGUCCUCAGGAAGUUAAGAAUAUAUGAAAAUAAUUUGGAUUCAUAAUUUUUUUUCCAAAAUUAAACCCUGAAUUAAGAAAAUGCACGAUUAAAGUGUGUACAGUUGUCCCUUGUUUACCGAUGUUAAUUGGUUCCAAACAUGAUCGCGAUAAAUUAAUUUCCGCAAAGUAGAACUUGUAAAUAUAAGUCUUAUAUUUGCAUAGAUUUCAACAUUAUGAAAGCCCUCUUGAUAUGAAACAACACCUUUUUAGUCACCUUCACAUUAUUUCCACAUAUUCUUACAUGGUAAUGCUGUCUGAGGCUGAGUCAAUCAGUGGCCACGAAAGUGAACAGUGCGCUCUGAUUGGCUUGGUCUCCUCUAGUGGCCAAUACUAUUGAUAUUGUUUGUUUAUUUAGCCAAUUUUGACGACUGUAAUGAUUGUGCAGUUAAACAAAUUGUAGUUGUAAUGGUAGUCAAUGGGGACUUUUUUGGCCCAUCAUACUAAACUGCUAUUAGGUUUGGAGUCUGACACAGAAAAAAUAACAAUAAAACUACGCAUCAAAAUUUGUUUUAUUACUAAUCUUAUGUAUGUUCAGGCCUAAUAUUUACCCCAGUACCCUUGCAAUUUAACAUUUAUAUGGAUGAUAACUCAUUUUAUGCACAUUUAUCAACAACAAAAAUACAUAAUUGGUUCAAAUGGGCAAUCAAAGGGCUAAAAUAAAAAUGAAAACAUGACAUUGUAUUUAGGACUGAGGUUGAUGAUGAUGAUGAUGAUGAUGAUAGGAAUAUGAUGUAAAUCCAAAUAUUUUUAUGUACUCGUAAUUCCCAGAGGGCUUUACUGUCCUGGCGUCACUUAUGUCCCAGAGGGUUAAGUUACCCUAAAAAGUGUAUGAUUUACAAUUACCGUAUUUUUCGGACUAUAAGUCGCUCCGGAGUAUAAGUCGCACCGGCCGAAAAUGCACAAUAAAGAAGAAAAAAAACAUAUAUACGUUGCACUGGAGUAUAAGUCGCAUUUUUGGGGGAAAUUUAUUUGAUAAAAUCCAACACAAAGAAUAGACAUUUGAAAGGCAAUUUAAAAUAAAUAAAGAAUAGUGUACAACAGGCUGAAUAAGUGUACGUUUUAUGAGGCAUAAAUAACCAACUGAAAAAGUGCCUGGUAUGUUAACGCAACACAUCAUGGCAAGAGUCAUUCAAAUAACUAUAACAUAUAGAACAUGCUAAACGUUUACCAAACAAUCUGUCACUCCUAAUCGCUAAAUCCCAUGAAAUCUUCCUCCACCGUGUCGCUCCUGGUAUGCGCCGCUAGCGUCCAUUCUUUCUGCUGCUCGAUCGCCGUUUUCUGGUGCAUAUUUCACUACGUCCAGCUUGUAAUCUGCAGUAUAUGAUUUCCUUUUCGGUGCCAUUUUAGUUCAGUCCUUCUCAGUUUUUAUAAGUUACCGCCAAUGUUACUGUGAUCUAUUUUAAUAGCUCCGGCAGUAGCGUAUAGCAUAUAGUUAGCAUUCCAAAACCCACAAUGCACUUCUGCCAUGACCCGCCCCCGCCGAAUUCUUAUUGGUUGGCGUGUGAGUGACGAUUGCUGACGUGUGUGUGACGAUAGCGGACAUUUUCUUCGUCGCUCACGCGAAUGAGAUAAAUAAUAUUAUUUGAUAUUUUACGGUAAUGUGUUAAUAAUUUCACAUAUAAGUCGCUCCGGAGUAUACGUCGCACCCCCGGCCAAACUAUGAAAAAAACCUCGACUUAUAGUCCGAAAAAUACGGUACUGAUUUACAGCAGAUAGUAAAAAUGUUGCGAAUAUUUGGGUGUCUGAAUGCAGAACCACGACUAAGCGGGGACCUAUUAUAUGCUGAGGGCCAAUAAAAUAGAGGCCCUCGGACAUCCCUGAUUCAAACAACGCAUUGUGAUAAAAUAUGUUAUUGAUUGCUGAAAUAUGUUGUCAAAAUAAUCAGUGUGUUGACCUGAGGCUAACCCAAUGAUAAAAACUGAUUCACAUCUUUGACUAUCUCAUUACAACCACUGAGAUUACACAUCUCUCAAGUGACACAUGGCCAAAUGAGAGAAAAAUGUCAGAGAUGAGUCACUUUAGCUAUCUUGAAGUGUCAUCAAAUUCAUAUUUUUCUACUUGACAUUUUCAAAUCAUGAGUGUACA